CGGGGUCGGGGCCCGGGCCGAAGCGGCGGCGGCGGCGGCGGCGCUGGCAGUCCUCUCCGGCGGGAGUCCGCCGCCUGCACCGGGCCAGCCAGCGAGCCCGGCGGCGGCGGCGGCAGCGGCGGUGGUGUAGGUGUUUGGCGAUCCGCCGAGCAGUUGUUGGCCCCAGGAGCAUCCCUCGGUGCCGAAUGCGCAGUGGACGAUGCCCCUUCUGACCCAACAGAUCCAAGACGAGGAUGAUCAGUACAGCCUUGUGGCCAGCCUUGACAACGUUAGGAAUCUCUCCACUAUCUUGAAAGCUAUUCAUUUCCGAGAACAUGCCACGUGUUUCGCAACUAAAAAUGGUAUCAAAGUAACAGUGGAAAAUGCAAAGUGCGUGCAAGCAAAUGCUUUUAUUCAGGCUGGAAUAUUUCAGGAGUUUAAAGUUCAGGAAGAGUCUGUUACUUUUCGAAUUAAUUUAACUGUCCUUUUAGACUGUUUAUCUAUUUUUGGAUCAAGUCCUAUGCCAGGGACUUUAACUGCACUUCGGAUGUGUUACCAAGGUUAUGGUUACCCUUUGAUGCUGUUCCUGGAAGAAGGAGGAGUGGUGACAGUCUGCAAAAUCAAUACACAGGAACCUGAGGAGACCCUGGACUUUGAUUUCUGCAGCACCAAUGUUAUUAAUAAAAUUAUUCUGCAGUCAGAGGGGCUCCGUGAAGCAUUUUCUGAAUUGGAUAUGACGAGUGAAGUCCUACAAAUUACUAUGUCUCCUGACAAGCCUUAUUUCAGAAUAUUAAAGGCCCUAAAUACAUACGGAAUAAAAGGAAUAAGGUAUUCUUUUUGUAACUACUUUAGAAGAAUUACAGGCCCGGCUGUAAAAGUGCGGUGGCAGACACCUGUAAUCCCAGCACUUUGGGAGGCCGAAGUGGGCAGAUCACUUGAGGUCAGGAGUUCAAGACCAGCCUGGCCAACAUGGUUAUCUACUUUUGGAAAUGCAGGAAGUUCCCACCUUGACUAUCCCAAAGAUUCUGAUUUGAUGGAAGCAUUUCAUUGUAAUCAGACCCAAGUCAACAGAUACAAGAUUUCCUUACUGAAACCCUCUACAAAGGCAUUAGUCCUAUCUUGUAAGGUAUCUAUUCGGACAGAUAACAGAGGCUUCCUUUCAUUACAGUAUAUGAUUAGAAAUGAAGAUGGACAAAUAUGUUUUGUGGAAUAUUACUGCUGCCCUGAUGAAGAAGUUCCUGAAUCUGAGUCUUGAGUAUGACACUUCACUGAUAUUUAUGUGUACAUUUAUGAUAGAUGAAGUUCUUAUUCUGAGUACAGUACUCUUUGUAAUUUCACAUUGGAUUUUCUAUAGAGAAGAAGCACAAUGGGGAAGAUAGGAGCAAGGUCAUGUACCCUAAUAGUUACUAUGUUUUGUAAAUCCAUUUUGUAGAGGGCAUGUAAAUAAAUGUUUUCCUGUAGUCACAGAUUA